AUGUCUUCCGAUAGCGAGCACCCCGACGUUGCUGGCCAUGGUGACGAGAGCAAGUCGAGCAUCUCUUGUGGCAGAUGCAAGAAACCGGGCCACGAGUUGGCAGAUUGUUAUUACUUGGGUUCUCAAGCCCUCAAAUAUGGUUUUGUCAAAGGGUGCCCAAUGUGCAACACUACCAGCCAUUGCUAUGACGACUGCAAGCUACUGCCUGCCGGUGGUCACGAGCUACUACAACACCAUAUGGAAUGGCUCGUUCGGCGGCGUCGCCAUAUGCCUCUCAUUUACACGGCAGUUGAUGUCUGGAUUCUCGUCUUGGGGUUUCCAGAUGACGGAUGUGGCUAUCCCUGGUCUCGUUCAUUCACCAAAAGUCUGAAAAGUCGACUUCCCAAGGACGGGGCCCCGUACGAUCUCAACGAAGUCGUUGCAGCUAUUCAUUUGUCUGACAAGUUGACUGAAUCUCUUCUUGAAAUCAAGCGGCACAUCAAUUUUACUGUCUACGAUUGGCCGAGUAAGAGUCACGAUGUAACAAACCUAGUGGGCCGCGCAUAUAUAUCUAAGUCCAACAAGUGGGAGAACGGUCAGAAGCACAAUUCCGAGUACACCUUGGCAUUCGAGAUGAUUAUGAGGCAGAGGAGUGAAGGAAAAUACGAGGAUAGUCUGACGGGACGGAGACUGAGAGUACUCGGGGCCGUGAGCACAUAUCCAGCGGUUUUUGCGAAGGAAAGCACCGCAUGGGCUCGAGAAUUCGGCGACUUCCUUCUUCACGACAAGCCUGGCGGAGUGGAUGAUGUGGCUUUGCUCAGGGAACUCAGAGAUCAAGCAGCCAGUCGGGCAGCAGGUCAAUCUCAGUCUCUACCGCCGCAAGAACAGGCACCCAGGCAGUCGCCACCAAAGAGAGAGUCACCGCCCAGUACGCCCAAGACACCGAAGCGACAGCCCCUGCCCAAGCAAGAUUCAUCAUCAGACAGCGACACACGUCUGCUUACUUCUCCGGAGUCUCGCGCCGAGGGGGUGGUGAUAAUUCCUGCACUGCCGCCUACUGAGGGAUCACAGACGAAGCGAGCGUCACCGAAGCGCAAGCGUCCGGCAGCCACCCCAGAGCCUCGCGUCAAUGAAAGAUUUCCGACAUCUUCAUCAAUACCUCUCAGAGUUCGCCAGCGAAUCUGGGCGGCGCUAUGUCCAGACAGAGAGUGUGUCGGUGGAUACCCUUUUGAGGUUCCCGUACCUCCGAUUGCUCGACUCAAAGCUCAUGUGAUUGACGAUCUGGAGGACAACAACUCGAACGGAAAUUCAGGCAAGCGACUUCCUCUGGCAAACUACAUCCACCCACAUGUCACCAUCAGCCUUACCCAGCGAGAGCGACCCGACGGCGAGCCUGUUCAUACGCUGGUACUUGGCCUGACUAAGGCGACGUCCAUGCUGCGCUUCUCCCGGCUUGGACUGCUCCAGGCCUACGACAUGGCCGUCUGCUGGGCGUCUAAGGUCGAUAAAGACGGCGUUAGCUUCUCUCUUCGAAGCGCUUUUGAUGGCUGCAAUGCGGUGACGGAGAGCUUUGCGGGGGACAAGAUGCGCAUCGAGGAGAUGGCUGAGCUGGAGAAGCAGAUUGAGAGACUGGCGCCCCGAUGUUCGCAAUUUGAAAUGGUGGUGGAGCGCAUCAAGGACUGGAUGGAGAGGAGCGGACACAAGACCCAGCAUACGUCCCGAGAGGCCUGGAGCGAUACGCUUCGCAAGUGGUGGGAAGAUGAGCAUGAUGAUGUGGGCGGGCUGAAUCGAGAGGAACUGAAGGAGGCUUGUCUGCAGGCCAUAGAGGCCAAGAUGAAGGAAUGGAAGAAGGAGAAGAAGCGAGCCAUCGAGGAGCCUGACUCGGACCUGGAGAUUAUCGAGUCUCCUCCCAAGAAGAAGACUCGGUCGCGUCGGUGUUAA